UGGAAGUAGUUUUUUCUAAACCUGAUUCAAUUUGACUUGUUGUUGCCGAAAAUUGUCAUGCUUAUAAUAAAAAAUCGUGGUUUUGAUGUAAAAAUUAUACUGACGGACGAUAAUUGUCUCACAAAGAGAAGUGUUUCUUCUAAUGCUCCUGAGAAAGGUGUGCCCUAUGAUGGAGUCUAUAUAAUUGAAAAAUGUUGGCAAAAAGUUGGAGUUCAAGGUUUUAAGGUCUGCCAGUAUUUAUUUGUUAGAUGAGACAAUUAGCCCGCUCCAUGGACAAGUGAUGAAUACGGAGACAGACCAAGACCAUUGCUGGCCAUUCAAGAGCUUAAGAAGGCUACUGACAUAACAGAGAGAAAGGAAAGUCCAUUCUGGGAUUUUGAUGAAGAAGAUUCUUGGUGGAAGUGGAAAAAACCUCCGCCUCCCAGCCAAAAACCAGUGGGUGCUGGAAAUCCUGAAGACAGGCAGAGGAUAAGAAAAGCUAUCAGGCGAGCACAGAAUAUAGUGUAAGAGAGAAGCUACUGAAAGAGUUCAGCUGCCUCAUCUGUCAGCAAGUGAUGACUGUUCCAAUUACCACUCCUUGUUCUCACAACUUUUGCAAGUCAUGAUUGGAGGGUGCAUUUGCUGGUUAGACUUUCAUCAGAGACAGAAGCAGGGGUGGAUGGACACUUCGAUCACAGAAGGAUGUCAUGCUCUUCAAAACCCUCAGGCUAACAGAGGAUUAACGGAUGUGAUUGAGUCACUUAAAUGUAAGACUGAGGAAAGUGAGGAUCCUGCUGCUGAGUUGAGUGAAGAAGAGACUGAUGCAAUUAAGGAAAAUCUUGAUCCAACUUCUCCAACCAAAGAUGCUACUGCUGAAAGGUUUGAGAAAAAUGACAUGAAAGAGUCUGCCAAUGGUGAACCCAGACAGACUAGAAAACAGAUGAAAGUUGCUAAGGAUGGAGAGAAAAACAAGACUCCGACUGAGAAGCCUGGUGGUCCAGAUACAGACACUGAAACUAAACAAGUUCAGUCAGGAGUUCCUGAAAAUGGCAUAAAAAACCUGUCUAGAGUACAGAUUCCUGCCCGUGGCAAACCCAAAGGAACUAGCAAGCGGAUGAAAGUUGACAAGGAUGACGAACCAACAUCUGCAACAGAUGACACUGCUGCAGAUAUGUAUCUGAAAAAUGACAUGGAGGCUUUGCAAAACAUUCCCGCAAAUGGAAACCCAAAAAAGACUAGCAAGCAGAUGAAAGUUGAUAAGGAUGGAGACACAAAAGAGACUUUGACUGAGAAGCCUGAUGGUCCAGAUGCAGACACUGAAACAAAACAAGUUCAGUCGGGAGUUCCUGAAUGGCAGAAAAAACUUGCUUCAGAAGGACAGUGUCUCAGUGAAAGAGUGGUCUGGAGUACAGACAAGAAGCAUAGAAACUCAAGUACCAACAAAUGAAGGAGACUCACAAUGAAGUACCCUCCAUCUGCAAUCACCAGAUGAUGAUUUUUGAAUAUCUUGUUGGAUACCAUCAGGUAUGCAACUUCAUUUUGGCAUUGAAAGUUACUGCUAUAUAAAAAUACUAUUGGCUUUUAUAUAUUCCUGUGUUUUCUGAGAAUUCCCAGUUUCUCCUUUCCGAUCCUGAAGCAGUAUGUUUCAUGUAUAUAUGAUAUGCAGCCCAUUGAAAUUAUUUCAAUGGUCAUUUUAUCAUUUGCACCUGGAGAAUUUAAUUGUUUUCUUGUAUGUUUA